AUGCUUAGGAGGAGUGCUACUCCAGACAUGGACCUUCCGCAGAAAGCCCUCCAGAUUAAGCAAGAUGACAAGUUUUUUUCCAGGCUUCUGUCCAGGGAAAGCUCCAUGGCUAACCCUUCUUUUAGAGUGUAUUAUGGUGGGGUAUCUGUUGGUGUUCCAUUUGUGUGGGAGUCUCAGCCUGGUACCCCCAAGUACACAUUUUGUGAAAAUACACUCCCUCCUCUAACUCCACCUCCCUCUUACUAUAGAAAUUCUGAUAAAAAAACCAUCAAGAAACACUCAAGAUCCAGUCUUUUACACUUGUUAUUUUCAAGGAACAAUCCCAAGAAAAACAACGUGUCCACUUCUGCAACAAAUUUGUCAUCAACCCCGUCUUCUGCAUCAUGGUCAUCUUUGAAUUCAUCAAGUCUUCUGACUCCAAGAAAGUACCAUGAGAGGAGCAGGUAUUCUAGCCGUGGAUCGUCAUUUGAUUCGAGGGUUUUUGAAGAUGUUGAAGAAUCACACAUGGGAUCACCUACUUCAACUUUGUGCUUUGGCAUUAGCGGGAGAAAUGCCAGUACCGGUGGGCUUCGAGGAUGCUAUGGUGUGUGGUAG